AUGCCCAGCGGAAACACUGACAUGAGCCACAAUCCGAACACUAUGAACCUCCCAUAUCUCUCACCAAGGCCAGCUGAACUUAGGCGUUUAGUUCUCUCCUAUCUGUGUCAACAAUGUCAUGCAAAUACAGCCAGGGCGUUUAUGAGAGAUUUCCGACGCUUUGCGUGUGAUGAUCCUGAUGGAUCGAACUCGACCAGCGAUGGGAUGGAGUUCGGGUAUGGGAAACGUCCGGUGGACCGGGACCUGAAGACUGGGAAUGUUUUGCCUCACCCUGAAGUCUCCCGGGCUUCUCCCCCUCCCACUCGGCCCUCCCAUCCUCAUUCUAUACAAUCGAUUGACGAUGUAGCGUCUGCUCCCACCGAAGAAACCCAGACUGUAGACAUGGACACUAUUGCCAUUCCAACGUCUGACAUCCGCACUACCUUGGAAAAUUUGUCCGAAGCUCCGAGACUAAAGGAACAAGAUAUCGACGAAGUAAUGACCCCGCCACCAGGGGAAGGAGAAAAUGCACUCCAGACUCGCUCAAUUGAACAAGUUCUUUCUCGAGACCUCCCGGAGGACAGCAUCCCUGCGAGUGACGAACCCCUGGCGUCAGACUCUAUCAAGGCAGAUUCAAAAUCUGGAAAUUCAGCCGAUAUCCCAGCCGGGCAAUCAACAGAGUCCUUUCCGAUCUCCGUUGAGGUCGAAAAGGUGCGAAGGGACGACGAGGCUGAUCUAACUGAAGUCGAGUUGAGAAAAGAAAUCCGAAAAUGCAUUCUCCAGGGUCAUAUUGCCGAAGCCACAGAGCUCCUCAACGCACACUUCCCAACUGUCUUGAACGAAUCCGAACCUCAACCAAAACUCGAAUUGAAUAUAUCAUCUUCUCCUCUCACUCACACUAGCCUAACGGCUCGCUCCCCCUCUGGACCCCCUUCGAUGGCUCGCCCUUCAUCUCCUACACUCAAUUCAGCACCUUUUAUUUUCCCCCACUCCCUAGAGCCUUCCCACCUCGCAUUGAACCUUCGCAUUCAAGGUUUCAUCGAAGAUGUUCGUACGAGGAGGCUGAACCCGCCUCCGCCUGUUCCUGCACGUAUGAGCUUGUCCACUCCUUCCACCCCCGCAUAUAAUCCCUUUAAUCCCCCUAUAUUCUCACACGUUGCUUCGUCCCAUCGUGAGCGAGACAACCAGCCUGCCGUGUUACGAAGCGCCCGAGAUCUAUUGCAAAUGGCACAAAAUUUGAGGAACGCCACGGACCGAGCAGUAUAUUUGAAAGAGCUCGACAACGUUUGGGCACUGAUGGCAUAUCCUGAACCUGAGGCAACAGGCUUGAUGCAGGUUUUGAAGUACAUGCACUACGAUAGGCGAGUAGCACUUGCGGAUCAAAUCAACAGUGCCGCCUUCCUGAGAUCCGGGCAGAAACCUCGAACUACCAUUGAGCACUACGUUCGAUCUGCCGGCACUGUGUGGGGUUGGAUGAAUGAGAACGACGUACGAAUUCCCAGCGACCCAUCAAAGUAUCCGCCUGGCGUAAGUCCACCACCCUCGCGUCCUCCUACUCUCAAGUUCCCUCCUUCCACUUCUGGCCCGAACCGGGAUACGGUAAUUGCUCCUCUGUUUGAAUUCCAAAGGUUCUUGGCCACCAAAUAG